GAGCAAACAGAGCUCGGGCCUCGGCUAACACUUGCACAAUACUCAACGCGUAUAUGUCUGUUCAAUGACUCAGUCUUUGCUGUGGAGAAAGGGCGCAUUACACAUUGUGGACGGUCUUACAUUCUUUCGAUCAGGACAACACGAGUGAAAACUGAUAAUGACGAUGCAGACCCUGAAGUGUGUUGUGAUCGGGGACGGGGCCGUGGGGAAGACCUGUAUGCUGUACUCGUAUACCACAAACACCUUCCCUCAGGAUUACGUGCCCACGGUAUUUGACAACUAUGCGGUGACUGUGAUUAUCGGGGGAGAGCCCUACACGCUGGGGUUGUUCGACACGGCGGGGCAGGAGGACUACGACCGACUCCGCCCCCUCAGCUACACAAACACAGACGUGUUCCUACUCUGUUUCUCAGUUGUCUCCCCUUCAUCAUACACAAACAUCAAAGAAAAGUGGAUCCCCGAUAUAAUGCACCACUCUAGGGAAACGCCGUUCCUUAUAGUGGGGACAAAGACAGAUCUCCGAGGUGACCUGGAGACCAUCAACAAACUAGCCAAGAGGAAGGAGCGACCCGUCACAUUUGAACAGGGGAGACAACUCGCAAAGAACGUGAAGGCUGCCAAAUACGUAGAGUGCUCUGCCCUUACACAGCGUGGAUUGAAGAAUGUUUUUGACGAGGCGAUCCUGACCGCCUUGGACCCACCAAAGCGGAAACCUUCCGGUAGAAAGUGUGUCAUUCUGUGAUAGGGGUAUCACAUGGACAGUUCUUGCUAAAUAGACGUCUCGUGGAUGAUGGUGGACGCAGAGAAACACUUUCAUCUAACAGGAUAGAACAUUACUCACGACCUUGUUAAUAGCAACACUUGAACUUGAAUCGUCGGUCAACAGUGAAAUUAUCAUGGUGCACGUCAAGCUGGCCAAACAAGCAUCACGAAGACCGGAUGUCACUAUUAAGUCACGUGUCCUGUGACGAAGUCAAGUGUAGACAUGUGUACAUAGAUGGUGCUGUGACUUGUGAUGGCUCACGAUGGAACCGGAAGCUUCUCUCCCUUUGUAGUGCAAUUAUAUGUUUAGCUCGGUUAACAUUUGCCGUGCCUAUUUCUACGUAUGUUGGAAUGUGGGGCUGUUGGGUAGCCUAGUUGUUAAAGCGUUAACUCGUCACGCCGAAGACCCGGGUUCGAUAUCUGACAUGGGUACAAUGUGUGAAGUCCAUUUCUGGCGUCCUCCGCCGUGAUAUUGCUGGAAUAUUGCUAAAAGCGGCGUAAAACCAUACUCACUGACUCACUAUGUUGAAAUGUGCAUGCAGAGAUAGCCACGUGUCUCUGUGGGGAAAGAUAAUCGUCAACACGAUGGGUCCAAAAUGACGAAUUGCGAAAUGAUUUAACUGGAAUACUUCUUACCGCGACGUGAAACAAAACAGAAGUAUGUGUGGCCUGAUUAAUUAGAACUCUGAAUGCCAAACGUACCGAGAACAAAGGAAGUAUUGAUUUAGAAGGAUCGGAACUCAACUGAUGUUUUCCUGCCUGAAAUACCUUUUUCUUAGCGCCUCAGUAGAAUCACAUGGUUGUCUCAUUUUCAUAUUUGGUGUUACCUUUACUAUAAGUUUUGUUGUUUAAUGUAAGUGUUUAAAUUGUUUUAGGAAAACAAACAUACAUAUGCAUAUACGCACACUCGCACAAAUGCGCACAAAACUUCACUAUUAUGUUUUAUUUAUGUUCAUAUUUCCAUUUAUAAUACGUUUAUCCAUUCCUGUGUAUACAAAUACACAACCUCACUACAAUUCAAUUGUGUUCAUUGGGUAUAUUUGGCGAAGAGCACUUUCCUUUUUUGAAGUAACACAUUCCUCAUUUGAAACAAAACUUAAUAUACUAACAAAGCAUAAUGAAAAUAAGCAAACGUUUUACUGGGUUGGGUUGGGUUGGGUUGGGUCGGGUUGGAUUUUUCUUGCCUUAGAUAAAUAAUCUUUCUAAUCUUUUAAUAAAAUCGGCAAAUGAAAAUAUGUACACACAAUUUAAAUCUAAAAUAAUCACUUAUUUUAGCCUGGCCUGUGUUGCCAUAUUUUUCUUGCUUUUAUUCUUAUUUUUCUGAAUGUCAUUUUACUUUACUCUCUAGUUUACAUUGUAUUUAGAACUCUUAAUAUUCGACCGUUACAUUGAUAACCGUCAUCGCAUCAUGUUCCUGAGAAAUACGUAGAUAUGAUCACAUACAUUUGACCUAAUAAUACUAAGUCGGAGAGAUCAACACGAGUAUCUAUAUAAAAGAUGUGUUUAGAUCGACGUUGUAAAUAGCAAUAUUUGGACAUAUGUACAUACUGAAAUAAAAGAAAUAAAGUUUUUUUUAUCCCUU